GCUUCGUUGACAAUUCUUCUCUUCAAUCUCUCGGUUCAAAACCCUAAUUCCAUUUCUUCCUCUUCCCGAUCUUCAUUCUCUUUUUGAUGGGCUAAUAACUUUCCGUCGAUCGGUAAAGGAAUUCGUUCCUUGCUGCAAUUUCGUUUCCGUUGGUUUUCGCGGAUCGUCUACCAUGCCUUCGAUGUUCAGUGAUUUCUUUCUCGUCAUUGUUAUCGCUGCUUCCCCUUCUGGUUCUUGUUCCCAUCGUCUGAAAAAGCUUAAGAAAUGGAAUCGUCUUUGUAGUAGUCUUAGCUAACAUUGGGUUUUCGGUUUUGGUUUUGGAUUGGCUGCGUUGAAUUCUGGGUUCUUUUUUCUCUAGCAGUUUGUGGAGUUGGAAUCAUACUUGAUUGCAAGCUUUAAUCACAGUUAUAUGAAAAUGGCUGAUAUUGGAUCAUGCGAUAAGUCAAUUUUCCAAGCUGUUGAGCACAAAUCAUGUAAAAAUAAUCCUUUCCACAAACAGGCGUUCGGAGGAGAAGAUCAGCUUAAUUGUAUCAACAAGGAAAUUGUUAUGAUGGAUUUACUUUUGGAAAAACUGGAGAUUUCUGAUGAAGAUGAUUUGGAUGAGUUGCUGCUUGAAGAUCGUGAAAAUCUGCUUGUUAAAAAGACAAACUGCCCUUCAAUCCCUAACAAAGAAACGCUGCUGUUUUCUUCUCCUAAUACUACUGAGUUGAAGGACUUGAGUAAAUGUGCGGCAAUUCUAUGCUCCGAAGCUUUGCAAUCAAUCCCGUCAAUAUUUGCUGAAGUAGAGUUAUCAACUAUACAAUUGGGAUAUGAAAAUUCUGUGCCUGUUAACAAUCCCGGAGAAGAUAGCAUGUUGCCUCUUCAUGACUCCUUAAAAUUUAUGUCUGCACUGAAAGGAAGCCGAGCAAAUAAAGGGAAACCUCUCGAUCGAAAUCUACAUGUUACAUGGGCAGCAAAUGUCCAUGAUCCACCUGUUACUUCAUCUUCCCACACAGUGAGGGGACACCGCCACCGUCUUCCCAAGGCCAAGACUUGGGAUUAUCACAGGCAGAAGCACAUGAAAGCUAAGCCAUCUAAUGCCAGCAGCAGUGGUGAUAGAAAGCGCUCUCAUAGAAGAAGCACUAGUAGCACCUUUUUGGAUGCCCGGAUGGCAGGGAUGCAAGCUCUUGCAAGUAAAUCAAUGCAGAUUGGUUUUCGAAUGGCAAAGUUAGAGGCUCUGGAUCUUGCAGCAGCACCAAAGUGGUCAGGAUUUACUGAACUGUGCAGGUAGCUUCCAUGCAGAAUCACCUUGGCCAUUUUCAUUUCCUAUUGCAGAAGCUUCCUGAUAGUUACUGGCUAAUUUGGUUGAGUUACUACUUUACAUGCUGCAACUUAUUUUUUUUUUUCCUUCCCGUUGAUUAAUUUAUUUGAACUGUCAUACGUUACUGUGGUAUGUAAACAAGUGUUUGGAAAGAUUUGGUUACUGGUUUC